UGCAGUCAGUUUACAUUCGGACGCGGCGGUGGCUAAAAGUGUUGCAAAUUGUCAAGCGGAUGAAAAAGGACUUUGCUUUCAAUAAAAUAGCAGCACAUAGCAGAGCAUAGUAGAGCAUAGCAGAGACCAACUAAGUGCUCAGUGUAUACAUACAUACAUAUGUACAUUGCGUAUGCGUGCUUGUGUGCGUGUGUUUUAAAGUUGUAAACUCGUAAUUUGCGUGCAACAAAGGAAACGGAAAUUGCAAACGUAAAUUACACAGGUCAUUAAAGCGUUUUUCAGCGAACGAACGAACGACGGCAAAGCAAACGCAGAAAAAUAAGCGAAAACACACAUUACACGAAUAUAAACAAAAAAAAAGGAUAUAAAAGCAAGCGAAAAAUAAUCGAAACAAUAAAAGUCUUGAGUGCAACUGUUACGUCGAAUACGCUUUACGUAUCGUUGUUGUUGUUAUUGUGAAAAGUUGCAAACUAGAAAAAAAGCAGAAAAAUGAGGUGUUUACUUUUGAUUGCCAGCAUUUGUCUGGUGUUGAUGUCAUCCGGUCUGAGUGGCGCUGAUGCCAAGAAGAAGAAAUACGUUGGCGAAAAUGGCGGCGAUUUCGAGUUUAUCGAUGAGAUAAAUAAAAACUCGCAAGUGCCCUCGAAGAGCAGCAAUGGUGAACGCAAGCGCUGGAUUCACGAUCCUACAAGUGACCUCUGCCGGCCGUUAAAUUGCAAGAAGCGUGAAAUCUGUCUGCUGGAGGAUGAGUACAGCGCUGUGUGUGUGUCGAAGCGUGACUUACACAAGAACCGUGAUGAAAUAAUCACGAAAGCCAAGUACUUGGAGGAGGAGGCGGCUAAGCGGCGCGUCAAUAAGGACAACGCCAACAACAACAACAUCAAUAUUAACAACAACAGCGAGAAUGACAAUGAUGAUGAGGAUGCGAAGAAUUUCAGCUCGGACGAGGAGUCCCGUGAGGAUGAUGUCUUCUAUGAGAACAACAAUACUGCCGGCGAUAAGGAUGACGAAGAGGAUGAAGACAAUUGCAAGCCCUGCCCGGUGGCAAAGCCGACUUUCUUAUGCGGCGCCGACAACCGUACAUACUCAUCGCUAUGCAGAUUGGAUUACCACAACUGCAUACAUUCCACAACCAUAAGGAUAGCGUGCAAGGGAUUCUGUCCAUGCAAGGAAAAUAUGGAUGGCAAACGUUUACAGCGUCUCAGUGAGCGUCAAAGUGCUUUUAAUGCCAAAUAUAAGAAGACCAUAGAGCAACAACAGCAGCAGCAGCAACAACAGCAAAAGCAACAAAUGCAACAACAAUUAAUGUACAAGGAUAACAGUAAUAGCAACAACAUUAUGGGCAACUCCAAUGAUAAUUUGGACAACACUUUGAACAGCAACAAUUUUAAUGCUAUUAUGGACGAUAAGGACGAUAACAAUCGCCAUUACAAUCACAUAAAUUCGCAAUUCACAUUCACACCGGAGGAAAUCAAAUACGAUAACAAACAUUAUAAGUAUCUCAAGUACACCGCCUACAAGAAGGACAACCAAUAUCCCGAGGACAAGCACAAAAUCCGUGGCUAUAAUGAGGUGGUCGAGAAACCACAAAAGUACAACAAGAAUAGCAUGAACAAUGGUUUCCUACCCUCCAAAUCGCCCGAAUGCAAACCACAACAAUUGACCGCCAUCGGCAAUCGCCUGCUUGACUGGUUCUCCGUUAUAAUGGCCGACAGCAAGAAACGGCGACAACAUAGCCAAAAAUCCAAGGCGCACUUCCCACCCGCCUGCAAGACCGAGGCCAAAUGGAUGUUCGGCCAUUUGGAUUUGAACAACGACGGCUAUUUGUCGCUGCAGGAAAUGUACGACUUGGAGCAUGAUCAGAAUGAGCGUUGCAUUAAGCCGUUCAUCGAUACGUGCGAUUUGGAUCAGGAUAAUUCGAUUAAUACGCGCGAAUGGUGCCGCUGCUUCGAGAAGACCGAUCGCCCAUGCGCCGCGGUACGACGAAGAAUCGCUGGCGAUUUUGCAGGUGAGAUAGGCGCCUAUGCACCCGAUUGCGAUAUCCAGGGUUUCUACAAACCCACCCAAUGUCAUAAUUCUGUCGGCGUUUGCUGGUGUGUGGAUAAACAUGGAGUCGAAUUCGCCAACACACGUACUCGUGGCAAGCCAAAUUGUGAGUCCGUUGUGAAUAACGCCUCAUCACUCACCUCCGACGAUGAGGACGAGGAGACCGACGACGACGACAGUGCGGAAGGAAGUGCCGAUCAAAUGUUGGUAUUCUAAAUGAAAUGAAACGAAAUGAAACUAAGUGGCAGAGUUUGAAAAUGCUGAACACGAAGGAGGUGCGGGAGAGGAUGGUGUAUAACGGAAACUUACUUGAAGAGACAGCCGGUGAUGGAUGCAGUGCAGUGCGUUAGGGAAGAAGUAAGAAGCAGAAAAAGGAUAUCUCAAACUUAUGAUUUUUAUUUGAAGCAUUACAUAAGUAAAAAUAUAUAUAUAGGCAUAAAUAUAUAAGAACAAUGCUGUUUAAGCAGGUAACAAGUGUUGGCGCAAAUUGCAGCAGAAAUCUUUAUAAAACACAAGCGUAAAAGCGGCGAAAGCGCUGCAGUCGAGGUGAAAAUUGGCGAAUAUGUGCGCAAUGAAAAAUUAAUUUUGUAUGUAAAUUAAUUUUUAUAAAUAAAUAAAAUAUAUAUACAUACAUACCAAAUAUAUGUAUGCAUGAGAGAAAGUAUUAAGAAUUAUUGUAAAAUUAUUACAAAAACAAUAGUAACAAUUAGCGUAUUCAUUUCCAUUAAACGCUCUUCAUUUCCUGCAUGCGCUCACAGCUAAUUGCACAGGGUUGCAUUGCGCUCACACCGUGUACGCCGCACGCAAUUGCAUAGUACAGUAAUGUAAUAAUAUUUGUAACUAAUGGGAAAUAGUAAGAUUGGCAGCGAGAGCGAGACGCUGCAGAAUUUUAAAGCUUAUGCAAAUUCGCGAAAAAAUUAAGUGAAAAGAGGAAGAAGAGCAAAAUAAAAUUAAAUUAAAAGUAAUGGUAAAGUGGAGCUGCAUAGAAAAUGUAUUGUGUGUUGUUUUUGUAAAGAAAAAAGUAAAGUAAAAAAAGCUUUGGAGUAGUAAGCGCUUACACAAGCAUACAGCGAAACAUACACAGAUACAUACAGAGACAUACACACUCAGAAAAACAUGUUACACACACAUGCAUUCUUGCAUAGCUCUAACUCAUACGAAAUAGCAACAUAAUGGCAGUAAACACAAGCGAAAAA